AUGUUGUGUUUCUCGAAGUGGUCCAAGAAGAUACGAAAAUCUCUGUUCAAGUUGGCUCAGACUGCCGAAGAACUGAAAGCUAAGGUAUCGCCAGAAGCGAUUAUGCCGACGGAGUCAAUAGCAUAUCCAACAGUCGGAUAUGAUUCAGAUUGUAAUGCUGUUAACACGCUACAUAUCGACAAUUUUCUCUUCACUGACGAUGAUGUCGAUCAGAUGGUAGACGAGGGGAAGGUCUCAAGAUAUUAUUGCAAACAAUGCGGUUCUAAGGACCUCGAGGCUCUCAAUUUCAUCUCGCACUCCCUGUCAAAAGAGCAAAUUGAAUUCAUGUUCAGAAGACUCGUGCCGUUGCUGCAAAAUCCAAGCCCAUUCAUUGUCAACAUUGGGUCGCGCAUGGGUGCAGUAAUUUUUGGAGCGAGCUUGUUGGGUGAAUCAGAUUGGAAAAUCGCCGGCAUUGAGUUGAACCCAGAGUUCGCCAAGUUGCAAAUGGAAUUCGUCAAGCAACACGCUUUUCCAAAUAUUGAAAUCUGCUGCUCAGAUGUGCGAAAUCAAGCCUCCAUGAUACAGACGGCCGACGUCGUGGUGAUGAACAACGUAUUUAGCUUCUUCAUGUCGGCGGAAGAACGUGUAUCUUGCUGGGAAUUCCUGCACAAGAAUCUGAAACCGGGAUGCGUGAUCAUCCAUAACCCCGCCAUUUGCGACAUCGCCGAACAUUUGCCGCUUUCUUUUAAAGUUGAGGAAUGGCUGCAGGAGAAACGAUUGUUCGAGAUUGCCUACGAGUUUUGUGGCACGGAGAAGAGCACAGAGUACGAAGAUUGCACACAGCUACACAUGUUCCGUGUGAUUGGAAGU